GGCCUCCUCCGCCGCCGCCAUCUUGGACCGGCCCGGUCAGCUUCCGCGGAGCCAUCGGCAGACGCCGCGGCCUCCCUUGAGCCCCGACCCCGUCGUCAGAACAACCCCGGGCCCACUUCCCCCCACCCCACUUCCGCUUCGCGCCGCUAUCGCGAUAGCGCCCGGGCCCGGGGCGCGAGAAAAAGGCGGCGGGCGCUCGCCUCCCCCGCCUGUCGCGAUACGCUCCUCAGCGGCGGCGCCAGCUCCUGUGCAGCGUCCGUCUCCAGGAGAGUAUGAGGAGAGUGCGUCUGUAGGGCAGGGAAGAUGGCGGACAAGCGCAAACUCCAAGGUGAGAUUGAUCGCUGCCUCAAGAAGGUGUCCGAGGGCGUGGAGCAGUUCGAAGACAUUUGGCAGAAGCUCCACAAUGCAGCCAACGCGAACCAGAAAGAGAAGUAUGAGGCUGACCUAAAGAAGGAGAUUAAGAAGCUCCAACGGCUGAGGGACCAGAUCAAGACAUGGGUAGCGUCCAACGAGAUCAAGGACAAGAGGCAGCUCAUAGACAACCGCAAGCUCAUCGAGACGCAAAUGGAACGGUUCAAAGUUGUGGAGCGAGAGACCAAGACCAAAGCCUACAGCAAGGAGGGCCUGGGCCUGGCACAGAAGGUGGACCCCGCCCAGAAGGAGAAAGAGGAGGUUGGCCAGUGGCUCACGAAUACCAUCGACACCCUAAACAUGCAGGUGGACCAGUUUGAGAGUGAAGUGGAGUCCCUGUCGGUGCAGACACGCAAAAAGAAGGGUGACAAGGAUAAGCAGGACCGGAUUGAGGGCCUGAAGCGGCACAUCGAGAAACAUCGCUACCACGUGCGCAUGCUGGAGACCAUCCUGCGCAUGCUGGACAAUGACUCCAUCCUUGUGGAUGCCAUCCGCAAGAUCAAGGACGACGUCGAGUACUAUGUUGAUUCGUCCCAGGACCCCGACUUCGAGGAGAACGAGUUUCUCUAUGACGACCUGGACCUCGAGGACAUUCCACAGGCGCUGGUCGCCACCUCCCCCCCCAGCCACAGUCACAUGGAGGAUGAGAUCUUCAACCAGUCCAGCAGCACACCCACCUCCACCACCUCCAGCUCUCCUCCCACCAGCCCGGCCAACUGCACCACAGAAAACUCUGAGGAUGACAAGAAGAGGGGGCGCUCCACGGACAGUGAAGUCAGCCAGUCUCCAGCCAAAAAUGGCUCCAAGCCCGUCCACAGCAGCCAGCACCCUCAAUCCCCAGCUGUGCCGCCCAGCUACCCGUCUGGCCCCCCGCCCGCCGCCUCCGCCCUGAGCACCGCCCCUGGCAACAACGGGGCCUCCACGCCAGCAGCGCCCUCAAGUGCCCUGGGUCCCAAGGCCAGCCCAGCUCCCAGCCACAAUUCAGGCACCCCCGCCCCCUAUGCCCAGGCUGUGGCCCCACCGGCCCCAGUGGGUCCAGCACCACUCAGCCCCGGCCCCCCAGCGUCCAGCCCGGUGGGGGAGGGGGGGCGGGGAGGCAGCAGCAACAGCAGCGGAGGGGCAGGCACCGGCAAGCAGAACGGUGCCACCAGUUACAGCUCGGUGGUGGCAGACAGCCCGGCCGAGGUGGCUCUCGGCAGCAGUGGGGGCAACAGUGCCAGCAGCCAGGCCCUGGGCCCCCCGUCUGGCCCCCACAACCCCCUCCCAUCACUCCUCCUGAGUCUCCCCUUCUCCCCUUCUCCCCUUCCCAGGAAGGAACCCAGUGCGGCAGCCCCAACAGGGGCUGGGGGUGUGGCCCCAGGCUCAGGGAACAACACAGGGGGUCCCAGCCUCCUGGUGCCGCUUCCUGUGAACCCCCCCAGUUCUCCGACACCCAGCUUCAGCGAGGCCAAGGCAGCUGGCGCCCUGCUCAACGUACCCCCACAGUUCAGCAGCCCGGAGAUCAAGGCUCCCGAGCCUCUGAGCUCUCUUAAGUCCAUGGCAGAGCCAGCCAUCAGCUCCGGCAUCGAGGACCCCGUGCCAACGCUGCACUUAACCGAGCGAGACAUCAUCUUGAGCAGCACGUCCGCGCCUCCAGCCUCAGCCCAACCACCCCUCCAGCUGUCGGAAGUGAACAUCCCACUGUCACUGGGGUGUCCACUGGGGCCCGUACCCCUCACCAAGGAGCAGCUGUACCAGCAGGCCAUGGAGGAGGCCGCCUGGCAUCACAUGCCCCACCCCUCAGACUCGAGCGCAUCCGUCCUACUGCUCCUCCACAGGCAGUACCUCCAUCGGAACCCCUGCCCGACGCCCCCCUACCACCACCAGAUGCCCCCACAUUCGGACACCGUGGAGUUCUACCAGCGCCUGUCCACCGAGACCCUCUUCUUCAUCUUCUACUAUCUGGAGGGCACGAAGGCACAGUACCUGGCAGCCAAGGCCCUGAAGAAGCAGUCCUGGCGAUUCCACACCAAGUACAUGAUGUGGUUCCAGAGGCACGAGGAGCCCAAGACCAUCACUGAUGAGUUUGAGCAGGGCACCUACAUCUACUUUGACUACGAGAAGUGGGGCCAGCGGAAGAAGGAAGGCUUCACCUUUGAGUACCGCUACCUGGAGGACCGGGACCUCCAGUGACACCGGCCCCCCCCCCCCACCCCUCCCCUCCCCCCCGCAUGCUGAUCCCCCUGCCCAGGUGAGGGCCUUGCCCUGGGAGACUGGGGAGGCCCCAGGCCAUGGGGCAGCCCUCAUCCCAGGAAGCAGCCCCACCCUGGGGGCCCGGGGGCGAGGGCUGCCCCCUCCUCCCUCCCAGUGAGGGACAUUUUUUGGUAAACCUAUUUUCAUUUUGGAAAAUAUUUAUGAAUAAAUAGUUUUAUAUGA